AUGCCACAAGAAUUUGUCAUUGUCAAGGAAGUGAUCGCCACCACAUCUGACUCCUUUGAUGUCCACAGCACUCUUAAAACUUCACCUGAAAUUUUUAAACAACUCUUCAAGGUUGACUAUCCAAGUGGAUUAGCAAAGGGUGAUGUUGUUUCCAAGAUUCCAUUCGGAUCAGUUAAUCUUACAUUGUUGAUUGGUCAUGAAAUUGAAUGGGUUAAUAAUACUAAAAUUAUUUCUUCCUCACCAAUGACUGUUGGUUCAUGGACAUUGUGGACAUUGUUGGCCAAUCAUGGAUUUAAGCUUUUGGAUUCAAGAAUUUGGUUGACAAAGAAUGAUAAGGAUAGUUUGUUCAAUGGAAGACAAUUGGCCGAAAGAGUUUUCGUUAGAGAUGUUGAUGUUUAAAGUAAACUAAUCUCCAAAAAGAAUUAUUGAAAAAAUUGAAAUUGAUUUAAUAAAUAAAUUAAAAUAUUUCCAUUCUC